CACCUUCUUGACGAAGGAAGUGUUCUCGGGAUUCUUCGAUUUAUUCUGCGAUCUUGAAGGCGUCCAAACCCAGAUCUGAAGACACCAUAAUGGAAAUGGACGGCCUCCUUGUGCUCUGUCCCACUCUGAUCAUCUUCCUUCUCGCCUUGCUGACCUUCUUCCUCCGGAGGUUCUUCUCAGCCCCUUUCUCCUCGAAGAGCAAGAAUUCGACGACGAUAAGCUUCUCGGAGAUCGUCAAGAACGGCCAUCGAUUCGUGGAGUGGACGGCGGAGCUAAUCCUCGCCAGCCCCACCAACACCAUCGUCCUCCCGACCUCCGUCAUCACCGGGAACCCCAAGAACGUGGAGCACGUUCUCAAGGCCAACUUCCACAACUACCCCAAGGGCCACAACCAGACCUCCGUCCUCGCCGACCUCCUCGGCGGCGGCAUCUUCAACACCGACGGCGACCACUGGCGCCUCCAGCGCAAGACCGCCAGCCUCGAGUUCAACACCAAGACCAUCCGCUCCUUCAUCCUCGGGAACGUCCACCUCGAGGUCGCCGACCGCCUCAUCCCGCGCCUCGCUCGCGCAGCUGCCAACGACGAGGUGGUCGACCUCCAGGACCUCCUCGACCGCCUCGCCUUCGACAACGUCUGCAAGGUCGCGUUCGACGUCGACCCCGCCCGGCUCGCCGGCGACGACUCAUGCGACGAGUUCUUCCGCGCCUUCGAGUCCGCGACCGCUAUAUGCAUCAGCCGUUUCCGGCAGCCGCGGCUGUUGUGGAGGCUCCGUAGAGCGCUCAACCUGGGGUCGGAGAGGCAGCUCAAAAGAGACGUCUCCGUCAUCGACGACUUCGCGAUGAGGGUGGUCAGGGAGCGGAAGGCCCGGACGGCGGAGGAGAUCAGGAACAGCAGCGACCUCCUCUCGCGGUUCAUCGCCGAGGACGACGACUUCUCGGACGAGUUCCUCCGGGACAUCGUCGCAAGCUUCGUGCUGGCCGGGCGGGACACGACGUCAUCCGCCAUGGCGUGGCUCUUCUGGCUCGUCUCCACGCGGCCGGCGGUGGAGCAGAGGAUCCUGGCCGAGAUCGGCGCCGUGCGGACGCGGCACGGAAACCGGGCGGGGACGCUGACGCUGGACGAGCUGAGAGAGAUGGACUACCUGCACGCGGCGGUGUCGGAGUCGCUGCGGCUGUACCCGCCAGUGGUGCUACAGCCGCGGCGGGCGGAGGCGGACGAUGUGCUGCCGGACGGGACGGCGGUGCGGGCAGGGAUGUCGGUGACGUACAACACGUACGCUAUGGGAAGGAUGGAGGGGAUAUGGGGCGCCGAUUGGGGGGAGUUUAAGCCGGAGCGGUGGCUGGACAAGGAGGGGGCUUUCCGACCGGUGAGCCCGUUCCGGUUCGUGGUGUUCCACGCGGGGCCGAGGACGUGCCUGGGGAAGGAGAUGGCGUACACGCAGAUGAAGGCGGUGGUGGCGAGCGUGAUGGAGAGGUUCGAGAUGGAGGUGAUGGACAAAGGACGAGAGAGGGAGGUGGAAUUCUCGAUGCUGCUGAGGAUGAAAGGUGGAUUGGUGGUGCGGGUGAGGAAAAGGGAGCUCCAACAGUAAUUGGGAGGUACGUGGUUUUAUUGAUUCCGUAGUCCGUAUACUGACUGCUCUACGUUAUGUCAUAGUGUUUUACGUCUGUUAUAUCGUAUUGAAUGUUACGUCAAAGGUGAAAAAAGGCCGCGUUCGAGAAUAAUACACUCUUUCCUUGGAAAACAA